CUCGCCCUCCUGAACAUGUUUGACUCUCCAGGCUGGGAGAUUAAUAAAUCAACUAAAAAUGGCAGCGUCCUUAGAGCAAAUUCUCCUCAAACUUUUAGAACCCGAUAAUACUGUAAUACAAGAGGCGACACAGCAGUUGAAGGAAUUUUUCAAGGAGCCAGAUGCUUUGUCAGCAUUGUGUCAAGUUCUUGCAGCAUCACCCACUGCUCAGGUACGACAGUAUGCAGCUGUGUUAUUGAGAAAAAAGAUACACCGAGUGAAGCAGUGGAAUUCUUUACCAAAUGAAGUAAAACAGAGCAUUCGUGAAAACAUCCUGCAGCUGUUUGUUGAUGCCAGAGAACCAACCGUUUCGAAUGCUUUGUCUCAGCUGAUAGCUACUAUUGCGAAGCAUGACCUUCCCACAAAUGAAUGGCCACAGCUCUUUGAAUUUAUUCUCACCUGUACCAAGGACCAGGAUGUUGCCAAAAGAGAGCUGGGAAUGUCGUUGCUGUACACUGUGACAACAGUGGCCGGGGAGCAGCUGAAGCCACAUCUAGUUUCGGUGAUGACGCUGCUGUCAGAAAUGCUUGAUGAUACGCAGAGUAAACAAGUUCCUUACAAUGCUAUCAGAGCAAUGACUGAACUAGCUUUCUUUAUUGGCGAUGAAGAAAAGAAAUAUAUACAAGAUAGAAUUGGACGUAUACUAGAAGUUAUCCAGCCCUUGCUGAUACAGAAUGAGGAUAAAGCAUGUGAAGCUCUUGGUCUGUUUGAUGAGCUGCUGGAGUCCGAGGUGUCAAUUCUUCUUCCUCACAUCAGGACGGUUGUCGACUUCUGUCUUCAGGUAACGGCAAACAGUGAUUAUGGAGAUGCCGUGAGGGUCAAAGCCAUGUCCAUAAUUAGUACUCUCGUCAAACUAAAGAAAAAGUCAGUGUUGAAACAAAAGCUAGUGGAUCCCAUACUGCAGGUCUUGUUUCCAGUGAUGUGCUCGAUUGGUGAGCGAGAGAAAAAUUUAUCCGAGGCGAAUGAUGAUGAAGAGGAGACGAGCACACCGUGCCAGUAUGCUAGUCAGGUGAUUGAUGUUAUGGCUCUACAUCUUCCUCCAGAAAAACUGAUUCCUCCAUUGAUGUCGAUGGUUGAGACGGGACUUGAGAGCGGAGACGCGGGUCCGCGCCGGGCUGCGUACAUGUCGAUGGCAGUAGUAGCUGAGGGCUGUGCUGACUACCUGAUGAACAAACAUCUGAAUGACAUAUUAAAUUGUGUGUGCAAGGGACUUCGUGACUCGGAACCACUUGUCAGAAAUGCAGCAUUGUUUGCACUUGGCCAGUUUUCAGAACAUUUGCAGCCAGAUAUUAGUAAGUUUGCUUCUCAACUGCUUCCUGUACUGUUCCAACACCUCCGACAAGAGACACACAAUGCUGACAAAAAUCCACAUGGUCUCACGAAGAGCUAUUAUGCACUUGAAAUGUUCUGUGAAAAUUUAGGUAAAGAAAUCUUGCCGUUCCUGCCGAUUCUGAUGGAGCAUGUUUUAUCCAUCCUACAGACAGCGACGACAGUCCGAGCCAAGGAGUUGGCAAUUAGUGCUAUAGGAUCCACUGCAUGUGCAGCAAAAGAAGAUAUGAUGCCGUAUUUCCCACAGAUCAUUGAACUUUUCAAAACCUAUUUAAACAAUGAUGAGACUGAAGACAUGAUGCAGUUGAAAGUACAAACAAUAGAGUCCCUGGGGCUGCUUGCUAGGAAUAUUGGUGUUGAGAACUUCCGUCCACUGGCCAAUGAGUGCAUACAACUUGGCCUCAAGCUGCUCGACUCCACAGAUGACCCAGACCUCAGAAGAUGCAUCUUUGUGAUGUUUGCAGCCAUUUCGAAUGUGAUCAAAAGUGAUAUGGGUGAGAGUCUGGAGAAAAUGAUAAACUACAUUCUGCAGUCGAUCAAGUCAAUGGAGGGCUUCACGCCCUAUUACAAGGAGAAAGAAGCAGAGUCUGUAAUAAAUGAGGAGGAAUUUAAGGAAGAAGAAGAAGAUAUUGGUGAUGCAGAUGAUGAAGAAGAUGAUCAAGUGGAAGGGAUUAGUGUGAUGAACUCGUAUCUUGAUGAGAAAGAAGAUGCAUGUGCUGCACUUGGUGAACUGGCUGAAAACACAGGAGCUGCCUUCCUGCCACAUCUAGAGAAAUGUUAUACUGAGGUAGUUGGACUUGUCACUUACCCUGCGUCAAACGUCAAGAAGGCUGCCAUCACGACUUUGGCCCAGUUCUGUACUUCACUGCAUGCGUUCCACGCUCAGACACCGUCGCCAGACUCAGAAACCGCCUUGAAGACGAUGUUGGUGGCCAUUAUUCCGAAAUACGUGAGCAUCAUCCGCGAGGAUGUGGACCGCACAGUGGUAAUGGCGGCGGUGGACGCCCUACAGGACAUACUCAACAAGAUUGGUAUGCUUGUUUUACAGAUAACUGAGGCAACUGAUGUCAUCUUGUCCGUUGUCAAGGAGAUCUUUACACACAAGCUGGCGUGCCAGGACCAGGAUGAGGAAGAUGAGGAGGAGCAGCAGGCGGAGUAUGAUGGGAUGCUCAUAGAGUCGGGGGGCGACGUUCUGCCCGUCAUGGCGCGCAUCCUGGGAGGCGACACGUUCCUGCCGUUCUUCAGCAGCUUCAUCACAGACUUGCUCAAGAGACUAAAGCAGACCAGUUCGACGUCUGAGAAGUCGUUUGCUGUGGGCACCUUGGCCGAGACCCUGGAGGCGUGUGGGUCGGCGUCGGUCGUGUUUGUGGAGCAGCUGUAUCCCGUGUUCCUCAAGAUGGUGCACGAAGAAGACGAGGAGGUCCGCAGUAACGCCGUGUUUGCUCUCGGGGUGCUCGUGUCAAACAGCGGAGAGAAACUGCAUUCUCAGUAUCCAGUGGUGCUGAAGGUUCUGUUUGAUAUUCUAAACAAAGAAACUGAUGGUAGAGUUCAAGACAAUAUAUGUGCUGCCACCUGUCGAUUGAUAUGGGCCAACAAGUCUGCUGUCCCCCUUGAACAUGUGAUUCCGGUAAUAAUGAAAUGUCUUCCUCUCAAACAAGACUUAGAGGAGAUAGCCACUGUGUAUUCAACUCUGAUUCAUCUCUAUGGGGAAGGUGAGAAAGAGAUGAUGAAACAUGUCCCUCAGCUACUGAGCUCAGUUGCACACAUUUUAGGAACUGAACAUGUGAAACAAGAUGUUCAAAUGUUACUGAUACAGUUUGUUCAGAAUAUUCAAAGAGCAUGUCCCGAAGUGUUCCAGCAAGUUAAGAGUCAACUCGGGCCUGAGCUUGGAUCUAAACUGGAUGCGUGCAUAUUCAUUCUCAGUGGAAGCCCUACUUGAUGAGAGUCUUUCCCUGUUGGUGCGCUGGGAGUCUCCCUGUUGAUGCACUGGGAGUCUCCCUGUUGAUGUGCUGGGAGUCUCCCUGUUGAUGUGCUGGGAGUCUCCCUGUUGAUGUGCUGGGAGGCUCUCUGUUGAUGUGCUGGGAGUCUCCCUGUUGAUGCGCUGCUUCUCUGCUCAGCUUGCUAUUCAUCAGCUUUGAGUGACUGUACUUGCGUGAAAAUGUUCACAGUGUGACAAGAAUUUGCUUAUAUGCAACUGUGCAAUGCUAAUUGUUAUUUAUUGAAGGUCAGCUACAUGGUUUUAAAUGAAUGCAACUGAACUAUUAUGUCAUGCACAUUUGUUUUUUUGUUUUUUUUUACUGCGUUGAGAUGUGGACAAAAAAAGCCUUAUGAUGGUUGUUAUUUCUUUAUUUGAUCAAUAUGUCACUGAAUACAUCCCAGGAUUUUUAGUUGUCAGUCACUAAAUACAAAUUAAAAAGUUUAAUUUGUUAAUUAUAUAUGUUGUAGAUCUACUGCCAUGCUGACUGACUGGCUAAGUGAAACUUGAACGUGGCUACAGAUGUAGUUUGAGCUAAUUUGCCAAAGUGCUAAUAAUUUUUGGUUCCCAGCAUGAAGACAUGUAAUAAUAGAUUUUUAAAGGCCUGGCAUUAUGGAUUACAAAGGGGGGGGGGGGGGGGGGGGGGGGGUCGUACUGGACAAUAAAAGAAAACUAUAUUCACUGAGUAUAUUAAACCACCAUUAUACCACCAUCAUGUUUUUGUAGAUUUGUGGAAGAGGAAUUUUUCAUAAUCCUUGAUUUUAUUUGACUGGAUAAUAAAAGAAACUUAUAUUCACUAAGGAUAUUAAACCUCACCAUUGUACCACCAUCAUAUUUUUUGUAGAUUUAUGAUAGAGGAAUUUAUCAUAAUCCUUGAUUUUAUUUGACUUGAAGUAUAUACUGGGUUUGCAUCUCUCUUCAGUUAAUAUAUCAUUUUGCAAAUGUCUCAGAAGCUACUGUUAAUUAAAAAAAAAAAAAAAAAAAAAUUGAUUUCUACUACAUAGCCAUAAUUCACUUAUAAAACAAAAUAUAUAUGACGAAAUACUUUUCGGGACAAUUAAAUGUACAUGUUUUGAGGUAACAUUUUGCUGGAUCAUUUAGUAUAUCUGCUGCCUGCGCUACUAUACCUGCAAAGACUACUAAAACAGUACUAGAAUUAUGGAAUGAAUCUGCUAGUGGCUUGGGCUAUCACUACUAAAUGACAACACCAACCCGUGCAGCUGCCCACAGCAAUCGGCAAUACUAUGGAGACUUGUCAUAGAAUUUUUAAUUCUCCAUGGCACUGGUUUUCAUCUGUGGACUAUAUUUGAUUUUUUCCAUGACAUGUUUUUUGCCAUGGACAUUUUCUUAAUUGCAGGGGUUGCAUCGAUCACCAUUAAUGGACAUACUGGACUAAACAUAAUUUUCCAUCAAUUAUCACUGAUGUAUGUUAAUUUUUAACAGUACAAAGAAAGUGAACCAGUCAACUAUUACAUUAUGUUAAUAAUAGAACUGACUACUUUAAAUAGUUUCUUAUCUUUCUAUUAAAAUUCUAAAUUCUGUUCAAGUUGUUUUUGUUAUAAACCUUAUAAAGAGUGCAUUACGGGUGCAUUUUUCUCUUACCUAAUAAAUUAAGAUUUUAUUUACUUUUUAAAAAUUUAAUAGUUGCUACAUAUUGUUGUGAAUACUAGGGAAAUGUUAAUUGAAAAACAUGUCUUAGCAUGUCUUAAACUAUUGCAACACAUCAGAUGUACCAUGGAUGUAACAGAAAAUCUUAAGAUCAUAGCAGUAAUAUAUAUAAAUGUUACUUUAAAAACUUAGUGUUAUUAAAAAAACUUUUGAAGUUUUUCAAAUCAUGUCUUUCUGUAGUGAUGUACCAGUACUCUAUCUUCAAAUAUCUGAUCAGUGGUGUAUAGUACUGUGACAUCAUGAUAUGCAAGGAAACCCGAAACUAUUUUUUCAUUCACUGGUGUGAUGAGUCUGUCAAAACAUUUCUUUCAGUAUCAGCCAAUGUUGACACCAAGAACCAAUGAAGUUUUCUCUCCUGAUAAUCUGGCUAGUAACAGUUAAGAUAUUGAUUCUUUAAUAUCAAUAUUUAUCAUUCAAAUACAGCUAACUUUAUGAAGCCUGUUUUUUCUUAAACACAGGUGUUUAAGCAUUGUAAAUGUAGGUAGUUAUAUAUGUGUUAAGAUGAAAAUAGGCUUUGUAAAUUCGGCACCUUAAUGUUGUUGUUUUUUCAUUUAAACCAAAGUAUUCCUUUUCAAAAUAAAUAUUUUGCUUAAAAUGGAUGAUUAAUUCUGUUUUGAAAAAUAGCCACAUGUAUAUAUAUUUAUUUGAAUCCUUUUCAAAAUAAAUAUUUUGCUUAAAAUGGAUGAUUAAUUCUGUUUUGAAAAAUAGCCACAUAUAUAUUUAUUUGAAUUUGGAUCCUUUUCAAAAUAAAUAUUUUGCUUAAAAUGGAUGAUUAAUUCUGUUUUGAAAGAUAGCCACAUAUAUAUUUAUUUGAAUUUUGGAUGCAUUCUUGUUGAACCACCUGAAACCUUGUUGACAAUUGUUACGUUCCAAAUAAAUAUGCAUUUAGUGAA